AUGAAGAACUCACUGAUUAACGGCUACCUACACUAUGAAUCGAAGGCCAUGGACAUUUUAUCAAGGAUUGGCUUCUUAGAAGAGUACAUGAAUGACCCGAUUAGUGCGAGAAUCACACUGUUCUUGAUUGCUGUAGGAACUUUGGCGUUUAUAAACGAAUUGUACAUUACCAUUGAGAUGUCUUUCUUGCAAAAGGAGACCUAUAGAGAGCUCAAUAAGUCAAAGCUGGAUGAGAGUUUGAAAAGCCAUAGGAUGCUUUUAGAUGAUGAUUUCCACAGCAGAGAGAUCCUCGAUGAGAAAAGUGGCAUAGUAAUUGAGGAAUUCGAAGCAAGAGAGAAAUUCUUCGCAAAACCUGUUCAUGUUGCACAUCUAUACGUCGAGUGCGACGUGAUCAGACAUGACAAUGACUCUUCGCUCCUCUCAAAGCCUUUGAAGUUUCACAUAGAGUUUUCACCUGAGGAAUACGAACACGAAAAGAGACCGGAAUUCGGAUGUAAGCUCAGUGUUCUAAGAAGAAAGCUGUACCACUUUUUCAAAGAAACCAACAUUUACAACGAUCUUGUCGAAGAUAAGGGCGAUGAUUUUCAAUUCACAGUGUCGAAUAAUGUGACUAUUUACAAUCGCCGAGGCGAACCCCUACCUGCUUCAGUUGACUCGAUCCAGCUUUGCUUCCUAAAGAUCGAAACAGGCGACACCAUCAAAUGCAAGUUUGUCAUAUAA